AUGAAAUUUUCCUUUACAGUUUUAGCCCUCGUCAACGGACAACAAACCACAGAUCUACCAACAACAACAACUCUUGUUUCAACAACUCAAGAGUCAACAACAUCCACAGAGUUUGAGUCAACGACAUCGACAGAGUACUCUACCACCACAUCCACGACCACUGCGACAACAACGACGACAGCAACAUCGACCACCACACUACCAACAACAACAACGACAACAAUUGAGCCUCCAGUGAUGACAGGAUCAGAAGCAAGAACAGAAAUCAGCAAUUUCGCUGCAGAGAUGGCGGAUCUUUUAGCACAAGGACGACGUACGGACCGAUUCUUCUCGAGAAGAUAUUCCAAGCUCGAUCGAAUCUUUACAACUAACGAUGACAGUUUGAGUUGUGCCGAGCCUUACGAUCCUAUUAAAUACGGCGGUUCCGAUUUCACCGAUUUCGUUAAGAGUGCUUCGAACUCAAGCGAUCUUUGUUCUCAAGCCACGCUUGUUGAAGAUGCUGCAAAGCUUUGGACGGCAAAUUAUGGUUGUAAAGAUGGAGUGACGAAACGAGCACUGAAAAGAUGGCCACAGUGGUUGGAAAAAAUAAACAAGAAAUAUUGCUGA